AUGCGGCCGCCGCUCUCCCGCUGCCACAACACCACCUCGGUGGAGAAGGGCAACUCGGCGACGAUGGGCGGGGUGCUCUUCAGCGCCGGCCUCCUGGGCAACCUGCUGGCCCUGGGGCUGCUGGCGCGCUCGGGGCUGGGGUCGUGCCGGCCGCGCCCGCCGCCCUCGGUCUUCUACGUGCUGGUGUGCGGCCUGACGGUCACAGACUUGCUGGGCAAAUCCCUCGUGAGCCCCUUCGUGCUGGCCGCCUACGCGCAGAACCGGAGCCUGUGGGGACUGGCGCCCGCGUCGGGCAGCUCGCUGUGCCAAGCCUUCGCCUUCUUCAUGUCCUUCUUUGGGCUCGCCUCGACGUUGCAGCUCCUGGCCAUGGCCCUGGAGUGCUGGCUGUCCUUGGGGCACCCCUUUUUCUACCGACGGCACAUCACCCUGCGCCGCGGCGCGCUCGUGGCGCCGGUCGUGGGCGCCUUCUGCCUGGCUUUCUGCGCGCUCCCCUUCGCGGGCUUCGGGAAGUUCGUGCAGUACUGUCCCGGCACCUGGUGCUUCAUCCAGAUGGUGCACGAGGAGCGCUCGUUGUUGGUGCUGGGCUACUCAGUGCUCUACGCCAGCCUCAUGGCGCUGCUGGUCCUCGCCAUCGUGCUGUGCAACUUGAGCGCCAUGCGCAACCUCUACGUGAUGCACCGGCGGCUCCCGCGGCGCCAAGUCUCCGGCACUCGCGACCGCGCGGAGCCUGGCGCCGACGAGAGGGAGGCGGCCGCGCAGCCCCUGGAGGAGCUGGACCAUCUGCUGCUGCUGGCCCUCAUGACCGUGCUUUUCACCAUGUGCUCCCUGCCUUUAAUAUAUCGUGCUUACUAUGGAGCAUUUAAAACUGCCCAUGAGAAAGAUGCAACCUCUGAAGAAAUGGAAGACCUCCGAGCCUUGCGUUUUCUAUCUGUAAUCUCCAUUGUGGACCCUUGGAUUUUCAUAAUUUUCAGAACACCAGUAUUUCGGAAGGUUUUUCACAAGAUUUUCAUAAGGCCUCUUAUGUACAGAAAUUGGCCCAGCAAUUCCUGCCGAACUAACAUGGAGUCCAGUCUGUGACACUGUUUUACCACCCAGUCUCUGGUAAGCUGAGGAAUAUGUUACAUUUUCUGUCAAAGAACCAUGUUAAAAAAAAAAAAC